AGCUCCUUCCUCUGUCCAACUUAAAACGCAACUGACUCGCUGAUGUUUUCUACUUUAAUGAGCGCUUUCUACUCCAGUCGAACUUUGGAUUAUCCGGAGAGAGGGAGGAUUGGAAUAUAGGAAACAAAAUGAGUGAAGUGAGUGGAAUAGAGGCGGAGAGGCCGUGGGCUCUGAGACCCACACAGAGGGACCAGGAGGAAGCGGGCCCAUUGAGACACGAGUGGAAGUGAUGCUUGCCGCGCACGCCGAUCGACCCCGGUUGAUCACAGAGGAACGGGGGCUGAGACCCAGCAGCGGCUCUCGCUUCCAUAAAUCGCUGAUGGCUUUGAACCAACGGGAGACAAUUUCUUCUAGACAACUUCAUAUCAUGACUCAUGAAGACUUAACAGCCUCCAGGCAGAUGUUAUUGUAAGCCUGAGGAAACAGCAAAGCCAGUCACUGUAGGUCAGAGCACACAGGCAGGUGAGGGGAUACGGUUGGUGCAUAUAAAUCGGGCGGAUUAACUUAGAACGCUGCUGAAACAGAUCGUCAACGUGAGGAGGCAGGUUUAGAUGGAGGAGGACAAGACGGAGUGAAAGGAUGUAAGCCAGCAUUUGAUUGAUGUCUAUACAGGCUUCUGCUCUGUACAUACUCAGAUGAAAAUCAAUAGCUCCACUCAAGCGAUGGAAUUUGCCUUUUCAACAAUUGUAAUUGUUUGUGUGUGGAGAGCCUGGCUCGCAGGUCGGCCCGCCAGCGAAACGCUGCUCUGCUGGAGAGCAGAUAAGAAAAUAAUAUUAUAGCAGUCCGUUCGUGCACAGUGUGUUUUGGACAGGCUAAGAAUUUGAAAUGGAUGAUGGUGUGGCUGCUGAUGCGUGCCCAGAUAUUACAUUCAUCACGUUCUUGUCCAUCAAGCGCUGUGUGCUAAUCUAGUGCCAUACGAGCUAUAUUUUACACACAGUGACAUGCAGGCAAACAGUGCAGUGUGACGCUCCUACAGCUUUAAAGGAUCCUUGAAGAAGUAAUAAUUUGCAUCAAAUUUUCUUUGUAUACAAAUAUACAGUACAUGUUUGAUAUCUAUAUAUUUCAGGCAUUUUUUACAGAGAUUUAAAGAGAUGAUAUUUUUGAUAUUUCGUUGGAUGACUGAGAGGUAUUUUGUCAACAGAUGAUGCUCCCGCGGGGUUUGGCCAUGGGAUGACUUAUUUAUGUAUACAUUUAACAACAGAGCCGUGUUUGUGCGUGCGGAAAUGAAGUGCUUCAGUAAAAUGACUUGAAACCCAGCAGAAUGGGCUGAGGAAGAAGGCGUCAGGGUGAUGAGAGACUUUCCUUAAACCAAAUACCUCGCCGUGCUUCGGAGGCGGCAGGCGCGGCGCUGAGCGAAUGCAUGAGUCUACACUUUGUCCUGCCACCACUGUCCUUUUCUAUGCAUUUCUGUGGGGAGACUGUGGCGCUCUCUCCAUUAAACGGCGUUCAGAAGUGAUCCCUCGCAUUUCCUCAUGACGUUCAUCAGGGUUCAUUUUGCAGUCACUGACAAAUUUCCUGAGGUGGAAAUUUGGCCAGAAAAUCAUUGGAAAUUAAAUAAAUGUGUUAUUAAGGUGUGUCCACUGCACUUGAAGCUCAACAGAGAAAAAGAGGUUGAGACUGAAUUUAUGACGAAACCUUUGAAAAAACAAGAAUCAGUUUUAAAUAUGACUAGAAUGGCAGUGAUAUUUUGGUGUGUGUGUGUGUGUGUCCACGACCUAUUGGAAAAUGACAUAAUGUGAGAAGUAAACACUUUGCACUUAGUGUCGGUGUGUCUGUGCAUAUGUUGUGGACUAAACAAUCAUUUUAAGUACAGAAAGCCUUGACCUUGAGUCUGUGUGUUCUACUACAGCCGCGCUCUGACAAAUUAACCUUUUAUAAUGUCGAGACUCCGUGAACUUGGAGUGAGAUAGAGAAAAUUAGAAUGGCGGCACCAUAGAGUAGUGCGAGCAAACCUUUGAGAAAGAAAAAUACAUUAAAAGGCAUCAGCAGCUGCAUUAAUUAAUUGAAGAUUAGCGUGAUGUGAUAGUAGGCUGGCAGUGCUAAAGGCCACUGACUGUCUCUGGAAGAUUUUCUAAUCAAUUCAUAGGGCUUGUCGUGACCAUACACAUCAUAGCUCCGGCUAGCGGAUCAGUGCCUUCGAAAUUUGGGACAGGAUUGUAGGGACGGGGCAGUUGCGGUCAAGAGAAGCAGCCUUGAGAUAUAAACAUCAUCAUUUUAAAAUUAUAAACUGGAAAAUCUGUUAAAAAUGUGCAUGUGCAUGGAUAAUUUGCUGCCCUAGCGUACUUCGGCAAGGCACUGAGUUUCAGAAAGGCUAUGGUUGGUAGUGAGCAACGCCAUCCAACCAUCGCCUGAACAGCCUGUCCGUCUACGGGUCAUGGAGGUCUCACAUCACAUAUUUGCAAGUUUAUCAUUAAUAGUCUUUGUUAACUUACAACAAUCGUCACCUCAAAGAUUUUUAUAACAAAGAACCAUCAUACAGAAGCACAUGGAAAGUUAAUACAUAAAUCCUCUCUAAUGUCUCUUCAAGCUGUCCACCCAGUACGUGCAUGACCGCAGACAAUAGGCUUUUCUGUGUCAGGGCUGGAAUGAGGAACCUUUGAAGAAUCUGCUGUUAUCAGGUGUUAUGAGUAUGAGCAGCGAAAUCCACUUUAGGCAGCGUAGAUGAAAGACUUUAUACAGAUAAGGACACAGGUGUGCUGACGCCUUGUAGAUGCCAAUGAUGACGAGACAAACAUUUUAUAAACAGCAGCAAGAAAAGUAAUCAGCAAUUUCUAAGUACAGUAAGCUGGUAAAUAAAUGUGACCUGAUCUUCACCAAAGUAUAAUAAUAAAAUACAAACACAUAUUUAACAUUAGCUUCAUAUAGUCAAAGCAACAGCCAGGCAAAACAGAUGCAGAGAACAAAGUUCCCCACUGUGGGACUAAUAAGGUAAUUAACCUUCCUUCUUUCCUUCCUUCCUUCCUUCCUUCCUCCCUUUCUUCCUUCCUUCUUGAAAUAAUGAAAUUUUUAUUUUAUUUUUGUGAUUAGAAAGGCUUAUCUGCUUUCACAGGUACCAUCUGCGCUAUAAACUUAUGUCUCCAUUCACACAAAUAUGCGGGAACAUCUUGAACCCAAUUUAAAAACAGCGAGAGACUCAUAGAUGGACCAGCAUCCGGAAGCCAAAAGUGCCAUCCUUCCAAGGACAAAAAUUGGAACGCCUGAUUUACAAACCCACACAUCCCGCUGCAGGCCUCCCAUCAACCCGGCAAAGAGGCUGAACUGGUGACUCCGCCCGGCUAAGCCAACCGCAUAAAAUACACGAGCGGUCUCCGUCGGCGAUCACGUGACAGAGAAGGGGGAAAAAAAGACAAAGAUACUGCGAAAACACAACUGGGAUCAAAUGCUUAAAAAGAAGAAUAGGUCUUUAUCAAAAAAGGUAAUCAAACGUAACGCAUAGCUAGCAUGUCUAAUUUCGUCACAGUGGUAGCUUUAGCUUAAUGCUAGUGCAGUAAUACCUGCUAGCACGUACCCAGCGGCUUGGCCAACUCAAAAACGCUGACGUUGGAUUUGUCUUGGCGGCUAGCGCGUCAACUACGUGUUAUUCUAGUAGCACAGGACCGUGACCUCCUUUGACACAGCCGUGGGCCUCCGUGUGUCACUAACGCCGUUAAUGUGAGCCGACGGAAUUUCCAGCGAAGUCCCGAUGUGUCAAAUCCGUGUGAUCCUCUUGAGACUGAAUCACUGGAAAAAAGACAGCUAGCGCUUCAGCGUCCCGUGUCUGAAACGGAGUUCAUCACUGUUUCCACGCGGGGUGCGGCACAGUUUGAGUGGACACUGGUGUGUGUGUGUGUAAGAGAAACGACUGCACCCGUUUGUCAGAGGGAAGACCGAGCUCCAGAUGUAACGGCUGGAUACGGACGCCUGUCACCUGGAUUUGAAAUGAACAGAUAAUUACAAAAUCUACUGACGUAAAGGAGGAGGAAGGUGAGAAGAUGAGGCUGAAUGAUCGCAGCGUGGCGCAUUAUGCCACUUGUGACUCACCCCCGGACAAGACGGGCUUUUUGUUCAAAAAAGGUGAGCGCAACACGGCCUAUCACCGGCGGUGGUUUGUCCUGAAAGGCAACAUGCUCUUCUACUUCGAGGAGCGGGACAGCAAGGAGCCCAUCGGUGUCAUUGUCCUGGAAGGAUGCACUGUGGAGCUGUGCGAGUCGGCGGAGGAGUUCGCGUUUGCCAUAAAGUUUGACUGUGCCAAAGCGCGAGUGUACAAGAUGGCUGCUGAGAGCCAAGCCGCCAUGGAGUCGUGGGUGAAAGCACUUUCGAGGGCCAGCUUCGACUACAUGAGGCUGGUGGUGAAGGAGCUGGAAAGGCAGCUGGAGGAGAUUCGGGAGCAAGGCAAGCCUUGGUCAAACAGGCAAAACCAGGUGGCACGACCCAAGUCUGGAGCAUGCUCUUCUUCAUCGUCUUCGUCCUCGUCUUCCUCGUCCUCAUCAAGUGCUUUUCACAUGAGCACCUCCUCUGCUCCCAGGGCCCAGGAUGAGGUGCAGAUCCCAUCUGGAUGUUCUAGGGAGAAUGGCGUUGCACGGAGUAAACCACCCCUCAACGGAGCGUCCUCUGCCUGUGUGGCCUGGAAUGAUGGCGCAGAGCCUGAAAACAGCAUUGUGAGUGAUUAUGGGGCGGAUCGGGUGAGGGCUCCUCCGGUCCCCCCGAGGAGAAGAGAGGCAUCUCUGGAAAGCCCCUUCUCCCCCGGCACCGGCUGCUUCUCUAAACUCCAUGACUGGUACGGUAAAGAGGUGAAAGAACUUCGAGUGCAGUGGCUGCAGAGCCAGUAAACCGGAGGGGUGGGUUAGUGCUUUUUCCAAAUUGUCAUAUCAUUCCUUCCUGAACAUUCUGAAAUGUUACUUCAGCCUAAAGCAAUAGGUAAACAGAUUUGAUUGUGGACUUCUAACUGAUCUCAGAAGACAAAUUUAAUUUAGAUUGAUUCUAGAUCUUGUCUGGCACAGGUGAGUCAGUCUAUCUUAAACAAUAACACUAUCAAGUGUGCAAUGCAAGAAAUGUCAAAUCAGAACACAGGCUUUUUUCUUGUUUUUGUGUCAUUUGUCAUGAACAAUAAAUAGCUCAAACAGUAUUUAAACAACAACAUGCAAAGGAUUUGAACUUGACUUAAUUAAAUAUGCAAGAACAUAGAGAUUCUUUUUCUAGACUUUAAAUGUAUAAAUCCCAUUGUUGUGUUUUCUGCUGUAGGAACAUUAUUUCAUUUCAUUGGUAUACACACAAAUUACAGCACUACUGUCAAGAAUGUUCCCCUUAAAAAAACAAAUAACCACAGUUUAUUCUUUUUAUGGAAGGAAAGAGCCUGGGACAGAUGGAUGCUUCUGUAAUAUGCAGCUAAAAUGAAGGGCACUGCACGAAGCAAAUCCACAUACAGUAGAUCAAGUUGCUUUAGGGACAUUUUGACCAUGUGGAAGGGAGAAUUUUGCUGAUGCAUCAUUGAGCUCCAUAUUUGGUUUUGUCCAAUAUUCCCUUCGCUGGUGUUUGGACCUAAGUGCUUGAAUUGGAAAAUCACGGCAAAAUUCGAGUAAGGAGAGGUCGGAAACGGCGCAUUCUGCACCGCUGAGCCACGGUAUCACUGCCGUCGUUCAAACAGCGACUUGUAGAGAAACGCUGACACGUUUGGGAUGAAAAAACGAGUCCAGAUUUGCCUCCUCACUCCCACGGGACAGCAUCUCACCCCAGAGGCCUUGUGGCUGCUAUUGUCAGAGCAUCCAUUUGACAGUCACUGGGGACCGUAGUGGGAGCUGGAUGUCUCUCUCAGAGCAACACACCCUGGUAUUUUUAGCCUUUGCUAGCCAGCGGCCAGAUGAUGCUGUGUCACAAGUGUGCUUGUCACAUAGUUGUGUUUUUAAGAUUUUAUCAUUUGAUAAAGGAAACUUGUCUAUCCUUUAUCUUACAGGUUGUAUCUUUUGUAUAAUUUCCUAUUAUACAAUCAAAACAUUUUAAAUCUGUUGUGUGAGAACUGGUUGAACUUUGCUGAAUGAAUAUAACUGUUAGAGGCCUGUACACUCUCUUUUAUUAUUCCAUGUUGGAGAUUCACACCAGCAAUCUGCAAAAUGAGCCUUUUAAAUGGUACUCAUGCUAUGUUUCUUUAUUCAUUCACAUAAUCUUUUAAAUAGUUUUCUAUGUGCCUUAUGUUGUCUGUCUUUAAACUCUUUCGUUGCACUGCAGCCAUUGUCACAGGACCACGGUGACAGGAGGAUUUGACUUGUUUUUCAGCUGCUCUGCUGUUAUUCAUUCUUUUUUUUCUUUUUUUCUUUGCCAAAGGCUCAUUGUGGUGCAAUCACUUUUUGACAAUGGCUCAGUUACCUCGGUCUGCAUCGAUGCACAUCAGUAUGAUGACAGUUAUACACUUGGCUUGUAGAGAAACAACGGGAAAGUGGCACACUGGGGAUUGUGCUUUUUAAACCCACCAUAUCCAGACGGCAUUUUUGACAGUCCAAAAUAUAUGGAUGUCAUAGUGCCAAUUUUACAAAGGUCAGAGAUGUCUGUGCAUUUUUUAUGUUUUUUUUACAAUCAUGUAAUUUUAGAAUGUGCCAAAUUAACCAUAUGAAUAAUUAUGUAUUGACUUUAUUGAAGAGUACCAAAUCAUGAAUGCAGUCUAAAUGCACAGUAGCCAUGUAGUCAAUUUUCCUUUUAUAUUGUCUGACUCUUAACAUAUGUCAGAAUCAUGGUACAUUAUAUUGUGAAUAUUAUUAACACAUUAUUAUUAUAUGGUACCGUCGAGAUUGUACAUUUUUGCUGUACACUACUUAAUAAAGACUUUAAAGUGUC